AAUUGAAGAUGCUACUAAAUCAUCGGAAUCUUGUUCUUCUUUUAUUGAUUUCCAUUCUUGCCAUAAGAGCAGCUGCUCACGCCUCCAACUCUUCUUGCAACCGAUCCUGCGGCCAUGGCCGGAGGAAUCUACUUCCUUUCCCAUUUGGAUUCUCCGACGGUUGUGAAAUUCAUCUAAAUUGCAGCGAAGAUGGUGACAUCCGGAUCGGCGAUUUUCGAGUACAGAGCGUCAACCCAGAGAGUAUUGUGGUCAACAUACUAGCUGAAUGCAACCGUUCGAUUGAACCCUUAAGACAGCUCUUCGGUCGGAACUACGCAUUGACAUGGAAAAAUGGGCUAUUGUUGUAUCAGUGUCACCCUCACAUCUCCGAGUGUGGGGUAUCGUCGACGCUGGUGGAGUCUCAUUUUGGGUGGAAUACAUGCCAACCCAAGAACGAGAAUUUAAGCUGCCUCGCGAGCGAAAAGAGGAAGGAUGAUUUCAUGACUUUCGAAUACGUGAAUCAGAGCCCCUGUAAAUCCUUGUUCUCUACUGUAUUCGUUGAUUUGAAUAUGAACUCCUCGGUUUCGCUUGAGUUUCAGAAGGUGGAGCUCGGGUGGUGGUUGGAAGGGCUGUGUCAGUGUUCUCAAAAUGCAAAUUGUACAAAAGUUACUUCGUCUUACGACGGAAAACCAGGAUUCCGGUGCCGCUGCUACGAUGGAUUCGAGGGAGAUGGGUUCAAGGCCGGACUUGGUUGCCGGAAAGUUCCUUCCAGUUGCAACCCUUUAAAGUACAUGUCUGGCCAAUGUGGAGGAACCACAAGAGUUGCUGUUUUGAUUGGAGGCAUUGUUGCUGGAGCUAUUCUAAUGGCUGGUCUAGCUUUUAUCUGCUACUUCAUCCGACAGCGGUCCACUCUCUUGAGAACCCAAAAGAGCACCAAACGCUUACUUUCUGAAACUGCGGGCAACUGUAGCAUUCCUUUCUAUCCAUACAAAGAUAUUGAGAAAGCCACAAAUUGUUUCUCGGAGGAGAAAAGGCUGGGAACUGGUGCCUAUGGAACAGUUUAUGCAGGAAAACUCCACAAUGAAGAGUCUGUUGCCAUAAAAAAGAUCAGACACCGGGAUACUGACAGCAUUGACCAGGUCAUGAACGAGAUCAAGCUUCUUUCAUCCGUUAGCCACUCAAAUCUCGUCCGCCUCUUAGGUUUCUGCAUAGAGAGAGGUGAACAGAUUCUUGUGUAUGAAUACAUGCCAAAUGGUACUCUAUCUCAGCAUCUACAGAGGGAGAGAGGAAAGGGUCUUCCUUGGAAAAUUCGCCUCACCAUUGCCACUGAAACUGCUCAAGCCAUUGCCCAUCUCCACUCUGCAAUUAAUCCACCAAUAUACCACAGGGACAUCAAAUCCAGCAACAUCCUAUUAGACUAUAAUUUCAACUCAAAAGUAGCUGACUUUGGUCUUUCCAGACUUGGUAUGACAGAAAUAUCCCACAUCUCUACGGCUCCUCAAGGGACACCAGGGUAUCUUGAUCCUCAAUACCAUCAGAACUUCCACCUUUCUGAUAAAAGUGAUGUUUACAGCUUUGGGGUUGUUCUUGUGGAGAUUAUAACUGCAUUAAAAGUAGUGGACUUCUCCCGGCAUCACAGCGAAGUGAAUUUGGCUGCACUUGCCAUUGACAAGAUUGGAAAGGGUUGUGUAGAUGAGAUAAUAGACCCAUUCCUUGAGCCACAUAGGGAUGCUUGGACUCUUUCUUCUGUGCACAAAGUGGCAGAGUUGGCAUUCAGAUGUCUAGCAUUUCAUAGGGAUAUGAGGCCUUCUAUGAUGGAAGUUGCAGCUGAGCUAGAGAGCAUCAGGCUCUGUGGCUGUGCUCCUCUCGAGGAGGGUAUCUCCUUUGAUUCAUCAUCUGAAUCCACCUGCUCAUCGCCUUGUAAUGAAAGUGAAAAAUCUCUAGGAGUAGAUUUUAAAAAAGUCUGUUCAGGGGGUAGGAGAUUGCUAGUGCCACAGAGGGAUGAACAUGUAUUACAGAUGGAAGUGAAGGAUAGCUCCCCCGUUUCUGUGCAGGAUCCAUGGGUCAGUGAACAGAGCUCCCCUUCAACAAACAGCUUGUUGGGUCAUGUAUGUCAAUAAGCUAAACCUCCCUUUUAUGUGCU